GAACAGACGAGACACCAUGGAGCGCAACAAGACGCGUUGGAGAGACUCACCAAGCGGACGGGAUAAGUGCCAGUUUCAGUUCUGUUUGUAAGUCACUUUCACCGAGAGUGGGCUCAUUUCGGGACACCGGCAGGCGGACGCUGUUUUUUUUUUUUCUUUCUUCCAAGCGUGCGUAAAUUGACUGGAGAGGUCUGGGAAAGAAAACAGUCCGAGUGACCAGCGGCAACCAAAGAACGGAAGGAGAAGGAGAAGUAAAAAGCGCCCGGAGGAUAAACGAGAGCUCGGACAGAAAUGCUAUCUGUGUUUUUUUAUUUGUUUGUUUUUUACCACACAUUUGGGCAUUUCGUGUAGUUUGUUUUUGGUAAAUUGUCAGCGUGCGCUGCGUAAAAUCUCAGAUUUCUCGCGUGUCUCAUGCCGUUACAAGGAACAGUUACUUUUCUUUGAGGAAACCCCGAGAAGAGAUUUUUUUAUAUAUAUAAAUAAAGAAGGCAGCACCUCUUUCCCUCAGACUGAGAGCCAGUCACUUGACAGUUACGAACCAUGGUGAAGUUUCAUAACUCAGACCUAUGGAUAGCCUGGAUGGUCAUUUUCUGCAUGGAGGGUUCAAGGUUUGAUCUACACACAGGGAAAGUAUGUGUGCGGGCGCUGGAUGUGACGGUGUCGCAGAGCAGUAUCCAGGUGGCCCGUGGCCAAGCAGCCAUGCUCCCCUGCUCCUUCACCACCAGCGCCGCCCUCAACAACCUCAACAUCAUCUGGAUGGUGAUACCGCUGUCCAAUGCUAACCAGCCAGAGCAGUCCAAGCAGGUGAUCAUCUACCAGGGCGGCCAGGUGUUCAGCCUUGCCAACCACCUCCAUGGUCGCGUGGGCUUCGCCACCACCAUGCCAAGCACAAGUGCCUCCAUCAUCAUCAACAACACCCAGCUGUCCGACACCGGGACCUACCAGUGCCUGGUCAACAACCUCCCAGACAGAGGGGGGCGCAACAUCGGCGUGAUUGGGCUCACAGUGUUGGUGCCCCCUUCGGUGCCAGCAUGUCGAAUCCAGGGCACCCUGGAUGUAGGCAGUGACAUCAUGCUGAUCUGCAAUUCAGAGGAAGGUAUACCAACCCCGUCCUACUCCUGGGAGAAGCGCGACGCGCUGCCCAAGCUGCCACACAACGCCAUGCAAGGUAUUACAAACAAGCUGGCCGUCGGAGUUCCCUUUUGCCCCACCUUUGCUGACAAGAUGCAGGGCACCGUCACACUGAGAAACAUCAGCACCAGCACCUCAGGACUCUACCAGUGUACAUCCAGCAACACUAUUGGCAAGAGCACAUGUCUACUCAACCUGCAGGUUGUUGCACCGCAACCUCAGAGCGUAGGUCUGAUAGCAGGGACCAUCGCCACAGGGGUCCUGGCCAUCGUCAUCUGCUCCCUUUUAGUGGUGGUCUCGCUUUUCUAUUGGAAGAACAAGAACAAAUAUGACGAAGAGGAGAUCCCCAACGAGAUCAGGGAAGACGACCUCCCUCCUAAGAGGUCGUCAUCAGUGAAGGCUUUCCACGCAGACGCCUCGUCGUCAGAGAACGACACGCUGACAUCCACCAACACGUACAACAGCCGCUACUGGCACAACCCCAAACCCAACUAUGACACUAACUCCUACACGCGCUACAACGGGGACACUCGCCAGACCUUCUCCACCGCUGCUCACGGCGCACACGGACACGGACAAGCCCAGAACGCAGCGCACGGCCACGGCGCAGCAGUCACAGCCCCGGGCUCGACCCCGCUGUCCCGCCACGCGCCACCAACGACCACAACGACAGCAACUUCAUUUGCCAACGGCAGCCACACGCUCCCGCCACCCAAGACUCUGGUGGUCACCACAAACUCUGCACCGUCCCCCCCCAACAUGGUGCGCAGCAACGGCUCCGUGAGCCUCAAGCCGGUGGUGACGUCCACACACGGGCAGCACACGCACUCCUACGCCGUGAGCCAGGCCACGCUGGAGCGGAUGGGGGCCGUGCCAGUCAUGGUACCUGCCCAGAGCAGAGCAGGCUCGCUGGUCUGAAGCCAGAUCUGAUUAACAGUUAGCUUCGGAAACGAGACUAAAUGAGUGCGUGGUUGUGAUGUUUGAAAUCUGCUGACGAAAAACUGUAUAUGGGCUGAAGCAGCUCGCUUCCCUUUACAAUUGUGUCUUUCUGUACGUCUCGACCUUUUGUAUCUCAAAACAAACUGGGAUUUUACAAUGCAGAGUUCAGUUAAUGCCAAUUCUUCGAAGGACAGGCCCAUCCAUUUUGUAGGCAAGCACUAUAUGGAAUACAUGGGAUCUCCCCGUAUUAGCUGGAAUUUCCUGGCGGCAGCGCGGGGAACUAUAUUUUUCAACCACUCGGAUGAUUUCACAAAGCUGGAACAAGACAUCCUGCAGGACUUGGAUUCCCAGAUCUUUUUCAGGGCUGGAUCAUUGUGGCGAUUGUCUGCUCAAAGCAACACAAGGCGCUGUCAUCUCAGUGUGUCCAUGCUGCAUGGUCAGAAAAGAAGUGAGCCUGGAUUCCCACAUAAGUGCAUGUGUCCCUUGAUUUAGGAUAACAAAUGAAGUCAGUUUUAUUUCUAACAGUUUCUUCUCACUGUCAUGUUUAUGAUUGACAUAAAUGAUACAAAUCAUGAGGAUUAUACACUGAAAAAGUGAAUGUUUAAAUGUGUGAUGAGGGUAACCUACAGGAUGAAAAGGUUCUAGUUGAAAUGACCUUAGAUGCUCAGAGGAAGGGGCGUUAUUAGGUGCAAUACAUUACAUAAUAUAUGGUACACUGAAUGCAAACUUACAUUUUUGCACUUUUCAGAGUUUUUUUUUUUU